UGAACCUUGGCGUAAUGAUCUGUUAACCGAUAAAAAAUAUGAAGAGCUAUAUUAUCUUACACCAGAAAUGAAAAAAGAAUACGAAUUAGAGUUAAAAAUAUAUUUAUCUUUGAUUUUAAAAGAUCUUAUAGCUGAAAAAGAUCAAGAAAUAAAUGCUAUUAAUCAAAGUAUAGGAAAUCAAAAAGGCAUCGGGAGUCAAUCGAAAUGGUGCAAAGAAUGCAAUACAACCAACAUUGAUAAUAAAAAAUGUACAUGCCCUAAUUGUCAUAAAAAAUUAGAUACAUUAGCUACUUUACAAGCAGAAUCUGCUGAAGAACUUGCACGACUUAAUAAUACAUUGCACCACAUGUUAUGCGAUAUGAUUGGGCAUACUGAUAAUGAAUCAUCAGGAGGUCAGUCGCAUUCAGAUUACACCUUAGAGUCACAACGAUUUCGAAUUCAAUUACGAAAAUUUGGGUUUUUGAAUCCUCAAAGCAAUGAUCGCACAUUUAGAAGCCUUGGAGAGGAGUCCCUACUUAGCGAACAGCUAAAAAAUUUUAGUGAUUUAGUAUGUGAAAGACGAAGAAGGUUUAUUGAUGAGACUUUCAAAAAAAGCAAGUCAAAUCACUUACUCCGGCCAAUACCUGUUACUGCUCAAGAAGAAGCAGCCGCCAUGGAUGAAGCAAAUAUUUCAAAGUAUCGCGGGUUAAAGCAAAAAAAUCGUAGCCAAUUACAAGAGAUCUUACAAAGUAUUAGAGACCUUUAUAAUGAGCAAGAUGGACUUGAAGAUGAAGUAGAACUAGAAAAUCAAAUGAAUUUAUAA